CAGAGCGCCAUCGGCAACCACACAGGCUCGCAAGCCUGGAUAGUCUCGGGCGAACAGGAUAAGACCCACAGCCAGUCCAAUAUGAAGGCCGAGCAGCCCGACGCCUCGAGGCAGGGAUAUGGUAAGGCCGAGGAGGUUGCCGGCAGAGCUUUUGGGUAUAAGGGUAUGCAACAGAAGGGUGCUUUCAGCGCGAAGAACUGA